AUGCCCUACCAAGUCAUUGGCUUGGCCUUGGUGAGUCUGACGAGUUUCGCAAGCAGUGCCUCGGUCUCCGCAUCUACAUCAGGUGAAGUCACCAUGAUCACUGGAUCUUUGGAUGAGGAUCUCCCUUCAAUUGUGGCGAACGUAGAUCUGACUGUCAGGGCGCUAUUUGUGAAAGUACCUCUGAAGUUGCAGGUUCCAGUGUCCUUCUCUCCCGCGAUCUCCAAAGGUGAUUGGAAGCUCACUGUGAAGGAGCUGACACAGACCACGCAGGCCCUAAACCCUGUGAAGGUUGAAGGUCAAGUUGUAAUCGAUGAUAGGGAGCAUCAGCAGGUGACCUGCCUAUCAGUCGACAAUUUAGACAGAGCGAUGGUCGUGUGA